UUGAAAAAGGAGGGAAAUCAAACGCCCCCAUAAAAUAAAAUAAAAUAAAAACCCUAAAAAAUAAAAAUAAAGAAAAUAAAAAGAAGAAAGAAAACCCAGUAACUGUAAGUGCAGUGCACUUGAACUUGUUGAUAUGCAUCAACGGAAAAUCCAUUCCAUUUUCAUUCUUCACACUUCAUUGUUCAAUCGAUUUUCUUCAUUUUCCCUUCUCUGUCUGUGUAACAAUCUCUAAACUCGCAUAACUAUAGAACUUCUUCUAUGGCGAGCUUGCUUCGGAACACUUCAUUACUCACACGCUCUCUAUUCACCUCUCAGGGUUUGAAAUUAGGAGUAUCUAGCACUUUUCAGAUAUUGCCAUUUUCAUCUAAAGGUAGAAGGCGCUCUAAAUCUGAUGGAAGUGACUCAGGUGAAGAUACCAUGUCUAAGAAAGAUUUGGCCCUUAAGCAAGCUCUUGAUCAGAUCACUUCUGCAUUUGGAAAAGGAUCUAUCAUGUGGCUUGGUCGCUCUGACACACCAAAAGAUGUACCAGUAGUGUCUACCGGUUCUUUUGCUCUAGAUAUAGCACUCGGAUGUGGCGGACUUCCAAAGGGACGUGUUGUGGAAAUAUAUGGUCCAGAGGCUUCUGGGAAAACAACUCUUGCUUUACACGUGAUUGCAGAGGCACAGAAGCAAGGAGGCUACUGUGUCUUUGUGGAUGCUGAACAUGCCCUUGAUAAGACACUUGCGGAGUCUAUUGGUGUGAAUACUCAGAACUUGCUUCUGUCACAACCAGAUUGUGGUGAACAAGCACUUAGUCUCGUCGACACGUUAAUCCGUAGUGGUUCAAUUGAUGUAAUUGUUGUCGACAGUGUGGCUGCUCUAGUUCCUAAGGGUGAGCUUGAUGGUGAAAUGGGUGAUGCUCACAUGGCAAUGCAGGCUAGGUUGAUGAGCCAGGCACUUCGAAAAUUGAGCCACUCCUUGUCACUUUCUCAAAGUAUAUUGAUUUUUAUAAACCAGGUGAGGUCAAAGAUUUCUACUUUUGGGGGAUUUGGUGGGCCCACUGAAGUUACUUGUGGUGGUAAUGCCUUGAAAUUUUAUGCUUCUGUGCGGCUUAAUAUUAAGAGGAUAGGUUUUGUCAAGAAAGGUGAAGAGGUUGUAGGAAGCCAGGUUCUUGUCAAGGUUGUGAAGAACAAGCUUGCCCCUCCAUUUAAAACUGCUGAGUUUGAGCUUCAAUUUGGCAAGGGUAUAUGUCGAGAAGCAGAGAUUAUAAAGUUGAGCUUAAAAUACAAAUUCAUCACAAAAGCUGGUUCUAUGUAUUACUAUAAUGAACAUAAUUUCCGCGGUGUGGAUGCUCUCAAGAGUUUCCUGGCUGAGAAUUAUAGUGCUUUAGAAGAACUGGAAAUGAAGAUAAGGGAGAAGCUUUUAAAACCCGAGACAGACAAGGUAGCAGAGUCAGAUGGAGAUGUUACGGAAGAAAUUGCUACCCUUGAUUCUACCGACGAAGAAACCACAGCUGUUGUAGAAGCAUGAAUUUUAGUGAACUUUAAGUAUGAUGACUGACACUCAAGUCAGGAAUUUAUUUUUGGGUCAUUUUAUGUAGGCCUGUGGCACAUAAGGUGACAAGGUAUAUUACUAAUUGGCAAUGAAGCAAGGUCGUUAAACCAGAUUUUGGUCGUCACUAAUUAUUUGUAAAAAUUUUGCUGUGCAAUUUGUAUAGUGAUGUAUAUCUCGUCUGGUACCAGAAUUACAGAAAUAUGAUGAUUAAUUUUGUUUGUGAAAGUGAUUUCAAUAGUUUGAAAUAAGAUUAGUGUCUGACAA